CCGCGGGGACAAUAGCGCGGGGCCAUGUCGUCCGCCGGCGGCCGCCAGCCCAGCCAGAGCCGGGCCAUCCCCACCCGGACCGUGACCCUCAGCGACGCGGCUCAGCUCCCCCCGGACUACUGCACCACCCCCGGCGGCACCCUCUUCUCCACCACCCCGGGGGGCACCCGGAUCAUCUAUGACCGCAAGUUCCUGCUGGACCGCCGCAACUCCCCCAUGGCCCAGACCCCGCCUUGUCACCUCCCCAAUAUUCCCGGCGUCACCAGCCCUGGCUCGGCCGGCGAGGAGCCCAAAGCGGACGCCAACAGCCUGAAUCACCAGGAGGGGAAGCCGUCCAUGGGGGAUGAUGCUCAGUUCGAGAUGGAUAUCUGAGCGGGAACCACGGAGAGGCAGCAACUCCCCAGACCUGUGCACACCCCAUUCGGCUUAGCAGGAUCCGUCCCGGCGAGUCGGAGGCGGCAGCGGUCCCCACCGGCGUCCCCUUCCCCGUCUGCCUCCCCCCCGCCCCUUUCCAGGGAGUGUGGCUCUGGCUUCACCCUCUUUAUGGGUGACCGGUCCCAGCAUGUGCCAGCCGGAGCAUCCCUCCCGGAUCCGGCCCUAUUCCUCCUCCUCCACCCGCUGGCAGCCUGAUCUCCGCCGGACUCCUUUGUAAAACGUCCCUUUGCCUCUUCUGCCACCUCAUGCUUCCCCCCCUUCUCCCCCCCAAAAACCCCCUCUCGUUACCCCAAAACCUCCCAUUGCUGGCAGCUUGGUAGUCCGGAGCUG